GUAUUGCUUGCGCGUGGGUGUCGAAGCGAAGACGCGUGAGCAGCGCGACCAGCUAGGAUUCCGCUCGGCUAGAGGUAAGAUUGCCAAAUAGCGAGUGGAUUGAAACACAUUAUUAAACGAGCAGUCGGGGGGACUCACAGUGAUCCCCCUGACUCUGAAAACCAAACUGACAAUCUGUUAGUGAACUGUCUUUGAGACACUUUGUCCACACUGUUGUUGCUUUUAUAAACGCGCAAGCUAACAGGCUAGCUGAUAUUAGCUUGUCAGCAGGCUAAUAGCUGUAACGUUAACAUCAGCCUCACGGUCGAUAUAACUGUAUAAUGAAAAGGUUUAGCACUUCGUCGUUACCAGUUCAUAAACAACCUUUAUUGUAAUUUCUGCUCGGAUUGGCUCGGACAGGUUUCUAGUAAGCGUUAACCUUCGAUCGAACUGUUGUUUGAAGCAUUGUUCACAGCACGUUGGCUCGUAGUUUGUUGCUAACUUAGUAACCCGGUUAGCUGCUGUCAUGAUUUUGGCACCGCCCUUUCACAGGUGGUUAUCAGCGCCUGUUUGUGAUCCGACGUUAGCAGAUAGACUGAGUUAUUAUCGAUUUAUCUGGAGCCCUCUCUGCUUUUCAGCGGCAGCGGUUGUCAUUUUUAUUAAUGUAAAUGGAAAAAUGCUAACUUGGUUGUUAGCCUAGCCCAGCUGCCACUACUAGCAUGUCAGUGCGUCAUCGGUCCGCGCGUGCUCUGUAGUAGCGUGCUCUUGAUCAGUGGAAGUUUACUGUGCUGGUCCGUGUGUCCCUCUGUUAUUCUCACUGAUGCUCAUGACAGUCUGUGCCCCCUUUCAAAUGAUCCGACCUAAAACACUGUUGAUUUUAAAAUCACUAUAAAACAUUUGCUCAUUUAAUGAAAUGCAGACCGGAAUCCUCACCCUCACUCACUCCCCUGUUUCUGUUUUUGGUUGUUUUGGUUUUCAUGUUAUUCCAGUAUAACAAAAUGUCUGAUACAACGUCAUGUUUCUAUUUUAGGAAGGAGUUGCCACUGAGUUAUGGAUGCUACUAAAGGUAAAGACGCAGGUAUUUUGAAGCUUGCUUACUGUUGACAUUUAUACAACUUCUUUAGGUCGUUUUUUUCUAUUAGAAUACUACAUAUCCCCAUGGUGUGUGCAUGGAAUAUAAAUACAGAGUAAGUGAAACCCAUGAGGUGAGAUGAAUGCAUUGCUGGUCUUUGUUGGUGUAACAGGUAAAGUGGAUCAAGGGAUGCAAAAUCCAGGUGGGCAGAUGGACAAACCUGUCGGCUACCACUUCAUGGAAAGGUCAGUGCAAGAUAUAUGACCUACUAUGAGUUGUUUGAGGUACAAGCUUUAGGUAUUAUAUCAAAGGGGUUAUUGGUAUAGCUCACAUAAUCUGUUUAAGUCAUAGAAAUUAGAAUAACAUAUAAGAACAACAAUAAUAAUAACUGCUUUUGGCUAUUGUCCCAUAUUUUGUAGUCAUUUUUUUUCAACUGUUGCUUUAUAUCAAAAGCCAUAGCUUCAAUAUUGAGUUAGUUGCACUUGACAGCUAAACUGAAGAAAGUGGAUCAACAUCCAAAUAACUAGAACACAAUACCCAGUGAGGUUAUGGUGAUGAAGAAUGCUGUUGAUCAGAGGUUUUGUUUUCUGAUCACAAUGUGAAAAUGUAGGAUCUUGACUUUUUACGUGGUGGUUUUAGGUUGGCACUCACUUAUUCAUUAAAGAUCCACAAAUAUAUAAUAAAGAUAAAAUACAUUAAAUGAAAAUAUCCAGUUAAUGUUAAAUACAACGAACUAAUCUGUUGUUAUGGGUUAAAACAGAUAAAUUGUAAGACUGAUGACAACUUGUACAAAUACUGAAUUUUUCGCACUAUAAGGCGCACUAAAAAUCCUUUUGGCUUGUCGGAGCACUGUAGCUACCGUAGCCUCGCAGAGUUAUUGAAUGAGUGAAAUAAAUAAUGCGCUUUAUAAUCCGGUGCACCUUAUGUAUGAAAAUAGGCGCGAAAGGACGCGUUCAUUGAUGGUGCGUCUUAUAGUGCGAAAAAUACGGUAGUUAAUACACUUUGCAACAAAUGUUUUUUGUGCUGCAAAACAUGUAACACAUGAUUGUGUUAGAAUUGUUUCAAGGUUUGAAGAAAAGUUUGAAAUUUGAUGUUUACCAUUGAAAUUUAACAUCCACAUCAUUUCUCAUGUUUCUGUUCUCCCACAGCAUGCUCCCUAAAGUAGUGAAAAGGCGAGUGCACGCCUUGAAAAGGCUACAAGUGCAGUGUGCCAACAUAGAGGCUAAAUUCUAUGAAGAAGUCCAUGAGCUAGAGAGGAAGUAUGCUGCCCUCUAUCAGCCACUGUUUGAGAAGGUACUGUAUAAUUUUGUGUAAAGUGUUUGAAAAGAGCGUUUCCCUUGUUUCUUGUGGCUGUCACCCCUAGUCUACUGCUUUUAUGAUGAAGCUAACAGCAAAGAUAAGACAAAAAGAAGGCAGAAGAAAAUAUAUAUUACAUGUUUUUAGGAAUCACUUCCCUCUGCACUAAUGGACGGCUUAUUAUGUCACUCUGGCCUGAUCUGGGGUCAGCAGGGACACGUCGUUGGUGCUAUAUUGAAAACUGCUACAGCGAGUAGUCAACUGUUCUCUUGACAGUCACGGCUAUUUCCAGAGCGAGUGACAAGAACUCAGCCAUUCUUAGUCGCAGUGAAGACUGACAGCUGUAAUCCUACUGCACCUGUCUGUGUGUAUAUAUGUUAGUGUUUGUGUGUAAGUCUCUCUUAAACGGUGUUGAAUUUAGUGAUCUUGCUUAAAUUAAUUCAGCCUUUACAAACAAAAGCAUGUUAAUACACAAAUAUUUCACUCUAUUAUUCUCUAUUUCUUUCUGUAAAUCCUUAACUAUGUUGUUGUUGUUGUCUGUGUAACAGAGAAGAGAUAUAGUCACAGGAACAGUGGAACCCACAGACGAAGAGUGUGAGUGGCACAGUGACAGAGAGGAAGAGGAGGAGCUAGCCGUAAGUACAGCUUUAUGUAUUUAUUUUUGUCUUCGAUCCUGUUUACUUGACAGAAAUCUUUAAACAGCAGAGGAAAAGAACUUAUUUUUACAACCACAAAGGUGUCUUUCUCACCAAUGACACUUGCAGUCUCCCACAGAAUAGUAGUUUAGAGUAGAGAGUUGAGAGACCUAUUGAGUGCUUUCAGAUUGAGCUAGUUUAUUGAUGAGACUAAUCACAAGUUCUCAGGUCUUGGUAAAGUUACUUAAAAGUGAUGUAGCAGGAAGUCUGUUAAAUAAGUCAAAACUAGGAGUUUUUACAUGGGGUUGAAGAGGUUAUUACAGGGUUUCUAUGCAAGUUUGGAAAGUAUGGAAAUAAAUUUGAUCAAUUUUCAGGUCUUAAAAAGUGUGGAAAAAUAAUAAUGUUUACAGACUAUUACCAAAGUUCUAAAAUACUGUUUUCUAAAAUAGAAAAGUAUGUAUUUAAAAAAAUUAUUCUAAAAAGUAGGCUAUGGAAAGUCUGACUGUGUAGGAACCCUGUUAUUAGAAUUGGCUGUAAAGAAGAGUUAACAGUACACUGAUGCCUGUAUUAAGGGCUGUUUAACAAAAUGAAUCCAUCAGGAAAAAGACUGUUCAUUUGCAUUUAUCAAUUAUUAAUGCUCCUUACCUCUGCCAUGGGGUCAGUGUAACACAAAGUAAUAAUCGCCACAUGGACUGGAAGUAUUGUUCACCAUUUCAACUGAAAAAAAAAAAACACUUUAAAUCGCUCUGUUACAAGAAAACAGGAGAGAUUUCUAAUUAUUUAAUGGGUACAAUAAAUAAAUAUACAGGAUGCACAGUUCUGUUCUCAUAAGUUGCUGAGCUCUUGACCAACAUUUAGAUCCACACUGAAGCUUUAGACAAAACAGUGUUUCCAGAAAAACAAAGUAAAAAAAGUACCCAGCUUUUCCCAGCAUGUGUUAUAGAAAUGAGUACAAGACCAGGUGAGGAAAUCGUAUUUAAAGCCUCACUUCUCUUAUGCCCAACAAACAGGAAAAAACGAAAUUAGGGUUAACAGGCUAGUUUUUUUAACUUGACUGUAUCUUAGUUCUUCACAUAAACAAAAUGUGUUUUGUCUUGAUACCACUUACAGUUUUAGAUAGCCCAACCACUUAACAUGUUUUGGUCAAGUUUUGAUAAGUGCUUUGGCCUCUGUUUAUAGGAGGAGAUAAAGGAAAAAGCUGUUAUUGAGGAUUCAAAGAAAGAGGAGGCCACACCACAGGAAGACGCCAAAGGCAUCCCAGAGUUCUGGCUCACCAUAUUCAAGAGUGUGGACAUGCUUAGUGACAUGCUACAGGUACACUUGAGUGAUUUCUUUCCCAAUCUUUGAAACAUUUCAGCAUUGUGUAUCUCUGACUGGGCUUUUGUGUAUGAGCAGGAACAUGAUGAGCCAAUCCUCAAGCACCUGAAAGAUAUACAAGUCAAGUUCUCUGAACCUGGACAGCCAAUGGUGUGUAAUAUUGAACUGUAUUACUCAAUGUGCACUAGUCCAUAUACAUGAACUACAGUGAAGCUUACAGAUGAGUGUAAUAAUUGAUCUCUUUUGGUCUGUCUUCAGAGUUUCACAUUAGAGUUUCACUUUGAGCCCAAUGGCUACUUCAACAAUGCAGUUCUCACUAAAGUCUACAAGAUGAAGUCAGAGCCUGACGCCUCAGACCCCUUUUCAUUUGAGGGUCCAGAGAUCAUUGACUGUGAAGGGUGAGAACUCAAAAACACUAUCUUUUUUGUUAAAAUGCAGUUUUUUUCCUCAUUUCAGGCUGAGGUUUAAGAACAUAAUAGAAGUUGUGUGGUUUGUAAAGCGUUCCUCUUCACUCUGUCUAUAAUAAUCUCUCCUGAUUUAGCAUCCCACACAUCAGCCUCCUCUUGGCACUUCUUCCAACGUUUACCUUUUUUUACGUGCUCGCUUUCCUCCACCACUCAGUUCUUUUUACAUCUCCUGUCUCUAGCUGUCAGAUAGACUGGCACAAAGGGAAGGAUGUGACUGUCAAAACUAUAAAGAAGAAGCAGAAGCAUAAAGGCCGCGGCACAGUCCGCACUAUUACCAAACAGGUCCCCAACGACUCGUUCUUCAACUUCUUUAAUCCUGUCAAAGGUGAGAAGACACACACUCACCCACACUCUCACACACUGCACUUUAGAGGACCUAUACGUACAUAUCUCACACCCACCUUUUUAUUCAUGGGUCCUUGUAAAUGUGUCUAUUUUAGAUGAUAUUCAUUGCUUUUGAAGCUGCGUACAGUUGCUGUUUAUAGACUCUAAAACAAUCCCUAAAUCCCUGAAAGCUCAAACAAAAUCUGCUUGUCUGUCAGCAUGCCUGUGAUCACCUGCAGGUGGGGUGGCAACAUGUUGCAUGCAGCUCAUGUGUUUUCACUCUUUGUCCCUGCAUUAAGUGAACUUCGACAGCAAGUGGCGCCAGACUCUCGCCAGAUUGUGUGAAGGCUCUCCUGUGUGACUCAGAUCGGCCAGCUUUUCUGUUCAGUGAUUUUACGAGGCUGUACUCAGUGGAGCUUUAACCUCAGCUCCGGUUUACCAUUAUUUUCCAGUCUUUAAAUUUAAGGAGACUUUGUGGCAGCUUACACUUGAAUAUCUUUCAUAACCUUUGUCUACGAUUUUAGAUCAAUCAUUCACCAUUCGGUUGGAAAACAAGACUUGUAGGAACGUAGAUGUUCUGUAUUUUUAGUAAACCACACAAGGACUUACGAAGUGUUAAGAGGGGAAAAAGUGUUGCUGAAUGGAAAAGCUGUGUUUUUCACAUAAUAGAUUUAUGGAAUAGCUUUAGGUUUGAUUUAUUUUUGUGCUUCAUUUAAAGGUCUGUGCUCGAUGAAUUUUCAUACAAGGACUUUAUACAAUCACAGAGGUUUACAAGAGACUGUUAGUCUGUUGUUUGAAAUAGCAGCAAUUCCUUUUAUCAAAUAUCAUUACGAGUGUAUCACUCUCAAAGCACCAGUCAUGAAUCCGUAGACAGUGUUAUUUCAUGACUGUAUCCUCUUUUCUGUGUAGUCAAGGAAACCGGCAGACAUGCCUGGACUUAUUCAGACUUUGACAAGCUGACCCGAUCACCUAUUGGCUGAGCGAAUGUUUGUCUUACUGGUUCAUCCACAGCUUCGGUAUAAAAGGGGUGAAUAUAAAUAGCUCACUCACUAGUGUGUUCAGGUGCGGAGCUCUCGGAUUGUAAUAUGUAUUGGUGAAUAAGCCGUCUCUCAUUGAUCAAAUGAACGCGCACUAAAGCAGAUGUUACUCCUGACUAAGCAGCCUGAGUCUGUUAAGGAGAAUUGAACCGGCUCUGGGGGGGAAAUUGUGUCUUACCUUCUUAUCUGCUGAAGGCGGCAAAACAAUUUCACCACAACUUUUCAUAUCUAUAUCUGCCCUCAGAGGAAGUGCAUUUUUUGUAAUCAUUGUAUCUCCCCUAUCAGGAUAUACAAGGAAGGAACCUAUAAAUGUUUUUCUUUCACGUCUUUUCAUAAAAAUGUCAUUUAUGACACACACCAAUUGGAGUCCUUCAUUACCUCCGCCAAGAGGUUAUGUUUUCGGUAGCGUUGGUUUGUUUGUUUGUCUGUUACCAACUUUACGGAGAAAGUUAGACGGAUUGACCUGAAAUUUUCACCAGAGGUGCGUCUCAGCCCCAGGAGGAUCCCAUUACAUUUUGGUGGUGAUCCAGACAAAAUUCUGGAAACUGUGAUCCAGAACACACAAAUACGAGGGUGUCGUUGGAAUUUUCAAUGCUGAAAGAUAACCAAUGGGCGGCACAGUGGUGUAGAUGGGCGGCACAGUGGUGUAGAUAGGCGGCACAGUGGUGUAGUGGUUAGCACUGUCGCCUCACAACCAGAAGGUCCUGGGUUUGAAUCCUGGUCAGGGCAUUUCUUGUUUUAGGAACAUUAUGAACAGUGAACAUACCUGUUUAAACACAAAUAAAAGUUCAUAAAAGACACGUAACACUAAAAGUUUUGGUGUGAAUCACAAUAUAAGGGGGGACAUGAGCUGCUUGGUGGAAGUCUGCGCUCUCCGAGUGCUUUUCUAGUUUUUUGUGUGUGUGAGGUUUUUUUUUAUUGCUCCAAAUGGGCAUGCUCACUGGCAGUGCUUUUAGAAUAAUAAUGAUAAAAAAAACUGCCCUGUAAAUCUGUGCCUCUAAUCCUGCUAUAGUGUAACAGUGCAAAAUUGGACUGCAUAUUCCAGUCAUGAAGGACAUGUUGUACUGUUCAGGCUGCCUUUCCCUUCACGUAGCAUUGUUUCAAGAAGGAGAAUUGCAGGAUGAUGUCACCUUUAGUCAGUUUUUUGUUCAGGGCGGCGGAGCACAACUGUUUGCUAACAGCCUGUCACUUCCUAUGGAUGAUGUGACCUACUGUUUAUGUCAUGAUGUCAGGACUAUUGUUGUUCCCUUAAAUGGGCUUUUAGAUCCUGAUUGAAUCACAACUUAAUACCUAAACUAUGAAAGCUCUUAUACAACAAAUAUUCCUCUGUCACUAUUAAUAACAGGUUGUAUGUGCCUCCAAUAAUCUCAUUUUUCAAGUGUAAUCACAACAUUAUUUGCCUUGUACAGUCUCUGUGAAACACUUGAGGUGAUUCGCGCCUAACUGUUACAUAUGCUUUUUUUCUUUGCAGUAUCCCCAGAUGGAGAAAUGGUGUGUAAAAUAUCAACUUUUUCUUCAUGAAAUCACCUAUUUUAUUGCAUAUCUUUUCACCUCCAAUGUUAAAAGUGCAUCUUCAUGCUCUGGUUCAUAGGACGAAGACUCAGAGUUCACUCUAGCCACAGACUUUGAGAUUGGUCAUUUCUUCCGUGAGAGAAUAGUUCCCCGAGCGGUGCUGUACUUCACUGGAGAGGCCCUGGAGGAUGACGAGAGCGUGAGUCUUUUUUCCUGUUAAACUGGUACACACGCAUAAUUACGCCAAGCAGCAAAAAACCACAGUAUGCGAUGUUUGCAGGCUGGAUAGGGAUACAAGUUGACCCCACUGUUGUACCACUUUAAAUGACACUCUCACCCUUUUCUUUGAAAUGUUAGUUUGAAGAGGAGGAGCUGGAAGAGGGAGAUGAAGAGGUUUGUAAAACUUUUUCACUUACAAACAUCUGUAAUGACUGUUCUGCACCACUAUCAUUGCAAAACCAUUCACUUAUCACAGUCUGGUAUGGUAUGGUAUGGUCUUUAUUGUCAUUGCAACUGUGCACAACGAAAUUGCAUUUACAGAUGGGGAAAGUACACACAAGAGGGAGUAUUUUGUGAAAACAUGGGCUCUUUGAAUACUGUGUGACUAUCUUGUCUCUGUGUCACAGGAGCAAGAUGAAGAGGGUGAUGAUGAUGAUGACGAGGGAGACUUUGAUCCCAAGGUCAGUCAGGAUUAUCCGGUGGUUUCUGAUGUUAUUGUAAAUGCUGAUUUUGCUCAUGAUGUGUUUUGCAUUAUUCUUGACUCAUCACGUGCUUUAAUUUUGUUGAGCCGUUUGAAGUGAUGCAGUGCUUGAUAACAAUGUUAGUAAUGCAUACUAGGAACCUUUUAGAUGCCAUAGAUGAUCACAGUUGCAAGAUUUAUUUAUUUUGAUAUGAAAGUGCCUAAAAGCCUUUUAAAAAUGUAGACAUAUCAAUAACACAUUUGGUAGGAACUCCAAAGAAAUCCUCAGACUUGAUCACAAACCAGACCAAAACCAAAAAACAGAGUGUUAGAAAUAAGAUGUUUCCUGUAUUAGUGGCUUUAAAACAGCCACCAUGAGAUCCACCUUUAUAUCUUAGAGGUGCAUUCACAGUAUGGAAAUUAAUUCUCUACUUCUUUUGUAAUUUAGCAUGGCAAAAUAAUUUUUUGUUGAUCCAUGUAUAGAAAUCUUGGGUAUAGAUUACAGCUCAGACGAAGGAAACAUCAAAAGUAUAGAAAGGAACAAAUGCAGUAAAAGCAGUGUGCACAUACAGUUUUUGGAGUAAAUAUAAGUUAACUUAAUUUUAAAGUAAUAUUGCUCCGAAUACGUUUUUAAAGAACACUCAUAAAGGAAAACGACCCCAAUUCUUAAACUCACAGUUUUCUGACUGUUUUCUGUUACUCAUAUUAGCAGCUACUUCAAAACUGGGUGUCAGUGUAGCCGUGCGCUCUGUUGAAGAAGUUGUAUCUCAGGUAAUUUUUCCUGUAUCAGGUCAUUGACACCUUUGCUAAUUGGAUUAUUAAAUCACAACAUCCCAGUAAAGGAUCUGAACAGUAGAGGAGGCUCCAUAGAUGUCUGCUGAAUGUUCCCUCCCUCCCUUUAACUACAUUGUUAAUGUUUGUAUGAGCAGACCUGACCAAGCAUGGCUCUAAUUUUUGAUUUAACUGUUAUGGAUGAAGAAGACUUACUGUCAACAUGGUUCAGGGAUGGUUGUGAGAACCCGUCCACAGCGGUUAAAGUUUUAUCUAAAUACUUUGAGAGGUGGUCAUCUGUAAAUAUCUGCCAUUUUUUUUCUCUUUUAAGUUUAUUCUUGCUAUUCUUCAUCAGAGAGGCAAGAAGGUUCAUUAUUGUAUCUUCAAUUUCCAGCACCAGCUUAGAAUCAGAAUUUCCUGUAUACCAUAAAGUUUUCUCUCUUUUUUCACUCUCUUGCACUCUCUCUCUCCUAAACCACCAGUUACAAAUUAUUAUCUAAUGACAAUAUGUGAAAGGGCAAUUCCUCUGGGGUUUAAUUGUGCUGACUGUGCUCCACAAUGAGAUAUUCCAGUCUGAAGGUGAUUAAGUGCAUACCCUGGCCAGUUUGCAGCUUCUUCAGUAGUGAGCAACAGUGACGCUUUGUCUGUGAAUGAGUUACUUAAGCAGCCAAGUGUUCCACUGCAGGGACCUGCAAUGAGCUCAUCACUUAUUCAGUGUGUGCAUUCAUCAACCUCAGCAGUGUCUCACUUUGCUUAUUAUGUCAUUUCUGAAUGUGAUGAUUAAACUUGCGCAUGUUGUUGUCUCUCCCUCCCCUGGAUUCCCCUUCAUUACAGGCAUAAUCAGUCAUUCUCACCCAUGCAUUUCUAGGUAAGGGAGAAGUGAGGAUGGCAUCUCUCAUAAAUUAUUCACUGUUGCAGUAGGCUUUCAUUUAUGAUUCUGGCUGCCUCUCUCUCCAACACAUCCUUGGCUCUGCCAUAGUCUUAAGAUUUUAAGACUCUUAACUCACAUUAUGGGUAGAUACUCCCCUUUCUCAUUGACCCUUUACUCCAUCCAUCGUUUUUCCUCCUAUUGUCACAUCCCAGGUUUCUAACAUUUUCCCCUUUGCUGUUACAAACCAGUGUCAAGAGGUAGCUCUCUUUCUCUAGUCUGCGCCUGCUCUCUUUGCCUUUUUCUGGUCAGCUUCAUUAUCCCGUGUGCCCUCCUGUUUGUAAACUGGUGUCUCUCCUCCUACAGAAAGAACAGCCCCAGCCUGCCGAAUGCAAACAGCAGUAACCGCGGUGAACAGAAGAGAUGGAGACCUGCUGUUCGUCAAAUCAGUUCUUAGCCAAUCAGCAAGUCCUCCUCCUCUUGCAGGCUCCCCCGUUUUAUGAACUCUCAUCUGAACGCAAUAGAACGCAAACCAAACUGCGUUUUUACUAUGUGCAUGACUCCUUUUUCUUUUGUCUUGCGCCCAUCUCACCCCUUUUUAUUUGGCUUCAUUCAAACUCAAAGCAGGAAGUGACUUGACUGGGAUUAAAAUACCAUGGCAUCACAUAGGGAAGGUGGAGCGGGUUAUGACUGCCAAGAAACUCAGAACAUCAUUGUUUGAAAAAAGAUAGGAAAGGAAUGGAUCCCAACUUUAGUUUUCAUGGAGAUAAAUCAGUUACUCAGGGUUUUUUAAUGCCAACAAGCGACAUGUACGUUAACCAGGAAACUGCUGAACAAGUUUGACUUAAUCUUUCACUGGGGUUGCUGCAGUGUUUCUCUUUUAUUAAGGUGUUUUUUUUUAAGACAUACAAUGUUUUGUUCUGAAUAUAAUUUACUUUUUUUUAUGUUCAUUGUCAUGUCAUUAGGCUAUUUAUUCUGGUGUCAUGCAGCUGUAUGAAGUGGUGUGUUUUGGGAGCUCAUGAGGUCCAGCCAUAGUAAUAGGCUCAGCCUCAUUGGCCCAAAUCCUCCUCGGGGCUUAGCAGGUCAACAAAACGUGAAUACUGCCAAGUCGUGUUUUCUGUAACUUUGAUUAUCAAAGUGAAAUCCAAACAUUAAGGAAUUAUGCUCUGCAUUCAAACUGAAGAAUUCUGCACAACUUUAUCAGGCUGAACAAGCAUUUAAACUGAGCACUUGAAUGGACACGACUGUGUGAUUGACAUGUGACAAAUCUGUCAUAUACAUAGAUUUAUGCCAAGUUUGCCCUAUCAGCCCUGUAACAUAUGAACUUCUAUGACAAAAAGAACAAAUAACCAAACUUCAGGUUUAAAAAUAAUCUUUUCAAAAUGACAUUUCAGCCCCCCCAAGAUUCACCCUCAAUCUUCUUCUUUGGUUGUUCAAAAGACCACCAGUAUGUAUGUAUGUAGUUCUUAACAAAUGUCAUUUAAAGUCUGUAAUGGGACAGUGUGCAGGAAGUUUGAAAUACAUGUAAAUUGCCAACAAGCCAAAACGAACGAUUAAACAAACCGUCCUCUUUUAUGAAAUUGUUUGCCAAUUGUCAUUAACACAAUGUAAUCUUAUUCAGCGUUCAGAGUUGUUAAGGAAUAUAUAAGUAUUUCUGUUCUUGUAUAAUGAUUCAGUAGAAUGUCUGUGGGAAUAAAAAGAAGAGGUUGCCAAUGUAUUUUAUAUACUGCACUUGGAUUUUGGUCGUGUGGUGACUGGUCAGCGACAGCAGUUAACGGUGAAAAUAAAUACCUAUCCCUUCUCUCUUUCUAACAGAACGAUUGUAAAUCUUGACGGAUCUCUCAGAGCCACGGUUGACAUCUUCAGAUCUACUAUAUAAGACCGUGUGCUAGCAAUGGCCUUAACUGGUUCUUAUUCACAAUUUGUUACUUGCGCAAUAUUUCUUUUCAAUUUGUACAGAGUUAGUAAAAAUAUUCUAUUAAAGUUGUGCGACAUGGAA